GAGCUGAGCCAAAGUCAGACGCUUAACUGACUGAGCCACCCAGGCGCCCCUGGACGUAGGUUCUAACUCUGCCUUGGCCACUUUCUGCUUGUGGAACCUUGAGCAAGUCACUUAAGGUCCCCCAGCCUUGGUUUCCUCCUCUCCAAAAUGAGGAGGUUACCACCCUCAGAGAGUACUUGCAAGAGUAAUCUUGGUCUUCUCAUGGAGUCACUGCAAAGUCCUUAGCACAAGGCCUGAUGCAGUUCCCACUUGACAAAGGGUAGUUACUGCUGUCGUUACGAGUGGGCAUCUAGGGGACAGGGUUGAGGGAUAGUAAGGAGGUAGAGGUGUCUGGUUUUGGCCGUUGGCAGGACGUGGCCUCUGGUCCUGAACUGUUCACCUGGCCUCAUGCCUGGGAUGGUGGAAGAGUGAGCAAGGUACAGUUGGCCAGCUAGCCCCUUAAGUCUGGGGCCCGCCCCCACUUCUGGGCUUCCCUACCCAGCACCACACUAUCAGGGUGCGUGUGUGCGUUUGAGUGUGCCAUGUAUAGGUUUAGGGAAGGGAGGCCCGGUGAAAAUGAAUGCCAUUCUUUGGCCCCGUGGCUCUGGGAUCUCAGCUUUGUGCUAACUUCAUUCUCAUGAAAUAAAUGAUUGUGGACUGAAGAGACUGGCCAUCCUUGAAUGAGGAGUCAAGGUCCAAUCCUGGCUCAGUCACAGAUUAUUCAUGAGCCCUGGGAACCGCUGUCACCUGGACUCAGUUGCACAGAUUGGUGCCAGUCUUUCCAGAGCCGAGUUCUGCCAUGCUUUCAACAGUCAAAGCUCAUCAGGGCCUUGUCCCGGAUGGAGGGAGACCCUCAGAGUGGGCUGGGGCCCCCAGGCCUCCCCCCACUUUGGAUGACAUUCUGUGGCCCUUGGCAUGACCCCACCCAUUCCAGUAGCCCUUCCCCGUUAGGUGCUGUGCCCCGGUCAGUUGGGGAGUGCUCUGUGGGCAGCAUGAACCCACGGUGGACCCCCUAACACCUCUCCCUUGUCUCUUUCAUCUCCAGUCUCCCACCGGAGGAGCAGGAAUAAACUUUCCCAGCUAAGUUAGAUGGAUGGUCCCCAUUAGCCCAGCGUGCUCCCCUCCUGCCUUCCCCACCAACUUCCAUUGUCAAGGGAGGUGCCGCGGUGUGUAGGGGGAGGCUGGGGGGCCAGAGCACUUGGGUGGGGGUUGGGGGUGCCCUGCCCCUCGAGCAGGAAUGGUGCCCCCAGGGAAGAAACCCGCCGGAGAGGCCUCCAACUCCAACAAGAAGUGCAAGCGUUACUUCAACGAGCACUGGAAAGAGGAGUUUCCCUGGCUGGACUUCGACUAUGAGCGGAAGUUGAUGUUUUGCCUCGAGUGCCGCCAGGCCCUGGUGCGGAACAAGCAUGGCAAAGCAGAGAACGCCUUCACCGUGGGCACCGACAACUUCCAGCGCCACGCCCUGCUGCGCCACGUGACCUCGGGGGCCCACCGCCAGGCGCUGGCCGUCAACCGGGGCCAGCCCACUUUCGAGGGCCACGCCGAGGGAGGAGGGGCCUACCCAGACCUGGAGACGCCCCCCACCUCCAGGGGCGUCAAGAUGGAGGUGGACCCGGCCAAAGUGGCCGUGCUGACCACGGUGUACUGUAUGGCCAAGGAGGACGUGCCCGACGACCGCUGCUCCGCCCUGCUCGAGCUGCAGAGGUUCAACCUGUGCCAGGCCCUGCUGGGCACAGAGCACGGCGACUGCUACAGCCCCAGGAGGGUGAGGGACAUGCAGGUGGCCAUUGCCAGUGUCUUGCACACAGAGGCCUGCCAGCGCCUGAAGGCAUCCCCGUAUGUGGGGCUGGUGUUGGAUGAGACCAGGGACUGGCCUGAGUCCCACAGUCUGGCCUUGUUUGCCACUUCGGUGUCCCCCUGUGAUGGCCAGCCGGCUACCACGUUCCUGGGCAGUGUGGAGCUACAGGAGGGUGAGGCCACUGCUGGCCAACUCCUGGACAUCCUGCAGGCCUUCGGUGUGUCUGCAGCCAAGCUGGCCUGGCUCAGCUCGAGCCUCCCCAGUGACCGCCUUGGGCACGUGGGCCCACAACUCCGCGCCGCCUGCCCACUGCUCACCGAGCUACACUGCCUCCCGGGCCGGACAGAUCCUGAGCCCCCGGCCUACCUAAGUGAAUAUGAAAGUGUGCUGGAUGCCCUAUUCCGCCUCCAUGGUGGCCCCAGUUCCCACACGGUCCCCGAGCUCCGGGCGGCACUGGACCUUGCUGCUGUUGACUUGGUGGGACCCCGGCCAGUGCCCUGGGCGUCCUUGCUGCCUAUCGUGGAAGCAGUGGCUGAGGCUUGGCCUUGCCUGGUGCCCACACUGGAGGCCUCUGCCCCAGCCUCCCCUACAGCUAGGGCACUGGCCCUCGCCCUGCGCCAGUUCACCUUCGUGGCCUUCACCUACCUGCUGCUGGACACUCUGCCCACCGUGCAGAAGCUCGCCCUUGUCCUGCAGCCAGAAGAGCCGGACUUGGCCUUGCUGCAGCCCCUGGUGAUGGCGGCCGCGGCCUCCCUCCAAGCGCAGCGCAUCUCGGGUGGGGCGCGCCUCCAGGGCUUCCUGCAGGACUUGGCUUCCUCCGGCCCCGACUUGGGCGGUGGGCGCUGCACCUACCGCGGCGUGGAGCUGGUCGGCUACUCGGAGGCUGCCGUGCGGGGCUUGGAACGGCUGCGGGGGGCCUUCCUGGACUCCAUGCGGAGGGGGCUGUGGGACUCCUAUCCCGGGCCCUCGCUGGACGCCGUGGCCGCCUUCGCGGCGAUCUUCGACCCGCGCGGCUACCCGCAGGCACCCGAGGAGCUGGGCGCGCACGGCGAGGGAGCGCUGCGGGUGCUGCUGCGCACCUUCGCCCCCGCCGUGGUGCGCCAGCGGGCGCUGGGCGACUUCGCGCUCUUCAAGCGCGUGGUGCGCAGCCUGGGGCGGCUGGGCCCGCGGGCCCUGUGCGCCAAGCUGGCGUGCGCGCGCUCUGAGCUGCACGAGCUCUUCCCGGACUUCGCCGCCCUUGCCGCCCUGGCCUUGGCGCUGCCCGCGGGCGCCGGCCUCCUGGACAAGGUGGGCCGCAGCCGGGAGCUGCGGUGGUGGGGGCAGAGCGGGGCCGGGGAGGGCCGGGGCGGCCCGGCGGUGAAGAUCGCCGUGGAUGGGCCUCCGCUGCACGAGUUUGACUUUGCGCUGGCCGUGGAGUUCUUGGAGAGUGGGUGGGCGGAGGGGCUCCUGGGGUCGCAGCUCCCGUGAGGGCGGCCGCCUUCCCUCCGCCCGGUCAGCCUGGGGCCCUGGGCGCUAGUCUAGGGGCCGAGGCGGAUCUGACCGUGCUACACCCAAGCUGACCGCCUCACCGUGGCCUCCCACCCACCUGCCCCGGGCUUCCUCCGCUCGGUGCUGAGUACUGACCGUGCCCGGUGGGCUGUGGAGGAAGGGCUGCGUCACGGGAGGCCUGGGCGAGCCGGCAGAGAUGCUAGGUUUGGGGGCACCCUCAAUAUCGCUCCUGCCCUUGCCAGAGUUUGGUGAGGAGUAGCUCACCUUUUUCCGUCUGGACCAAGCCCAGAUUUGGGCCCUAGAAAAACUGAAGAGUCUUGGUUGGAGGGAGAGAGGAAGACUGGGUCUCAGGAAUUGAGGGAUUGAGGGAAGGGAGAGUGGGUUCUUGGCUGUUAGCUCCCCUGCUGGCAGCAUCUCCUCUCUUCAGAUAGAACUGGAGCAGAUGACUUCCUUGUUUUUGACACACAGCACAGCACCCUCUCUGUGCACAAGCUACCAGUUCAAGGGAGGUGGUGGUGCCCUACCUCCCCUACCCACUGCGUGAGGCUCUUCUGCAUAUGGCUGUGUAUAUAGACAUAUACAUCUAUAAAUGUAAAAUAAACCUAUCUUGCAUAUUGUUAACACACAAAAAAUCUGAAAGGACUUCUUACGGUUUUGCAAUGACAGGGUCCAGAAAAGUCCCGAUGGACUGGAUUUAUUUCUAAUUCUUUUCUUCCUCAGAGUCUGGUUGCUCCCCAAAGUUCCUAGCCUUUCCCUGCCCUUGCCUCAGACCUUUAAGACCAAAGACCUAAAACCACAGGGCUGGACCGGCCAACUCUGAGGACCAGCCUCAGGCCUGACCCAGGGGUUGGAGGGCUUUUUGCCUUCUGGAAGGAGUUGGGGCCUCACCAGAGCUAGGGGACAACAUCCCUUCAGAUUCCAACGGGUUUCCCGUCUUCUCUGUCAGCCCCUGCAGCGAAUGAUGUGGGGAUCGGGAGGGGGGCAGUUAGU